AUGAUUGUCCUACUACUAGCAGCAUUACUCUUUCAAUUUUCUUCAACAUUGACUUACGAUUUCACCUCUGAACUCCAGUUUAUUUCGCUACAAGAAAUUCCUCCAACUGCAGUAGUCAACAACGAUGGUAUCUCUUUCGAAUCGAAACUUCCUGAAGAGAAGAGUGCAGACCUACCUCCGGACAAUGGAGGAAAUUAUGGUGAUCUCAUAUACAGAUUCAGAGAAAAUAAGGAUGCGUUGUUAUUGAGGGAAGUUAUAAUAACAGAGGAGUUGUCAAGUUACGAGCAAACAAUAAGAUGGAUGCUCUUAUCCUGGCACCUCCUAUCGCCGAGUCUGAUAAUACUGUGGUUAUGUUCGACCCAUUCGCUCUGCCCUGAAUUCUGCUCCUGCAAACAGACCGAAAAGGGCCAAAGGAAAACAGCCUGUCCUAAGGGAGGCAUGCACCACAUACCAACGUCCGAGAUGGACGCAAGCAUGGAGAUUUUGGAGAUAUCCGCGCCUGAGGACCUUCCUAAUUCUCUGUCCAUUAGCCCAGUAUUCCAGCAAUUCAAGAAGCUGGAGGAGCUUGUGAUCAGACGUUCGAACGUCCUGCAGAUUGGGACCCAUCCGUUCUGGGGAGUUCCUACUCUACGUUUCUUAGACCUGUCUCUCAACAACAUCACCUCGGUUAUGGACCACAACUUCCGAGGGCUAGUGAACCUGGUGGAACUGAAUUUGGACGGUAACAGGAUCGGAAGGAUCCAGGUGGGCGCAUUCAAACAUCUCACGGAGUUGCGAGUGCUGACUUUGAGGAGUAACUUGUUGAGUGAAUUGGUGCCGAGGAUAUUUUUGAAACUCGUGAAGUUGCAUGUGUUGAAAUUGAGCGGGAACGAGUUGGAGGAGAUUGAUCCGGAAGUGUUCAAGGAUGUUCCGGACCUCCGCGUGCUCGAACUUCGGGGAUGCGGACUGAAAAGGAUAAACACUCAGCUCUAUCACUUGCUGCCUUACAUCACGCAUCUGGAUCUCGGCAAUAACCAAAUUCAGUUUCUGUCCCGAGACGAAUUCCUGGACUUGCACCGACUGCACGUUCUCAAACUGGACGGUAACAUGUUACCAGUCGUCCUGGAAAAAACUUUCACGCACAACCAGCAGCUCAAAUUCCUAUGUCUGGCAAGGAAUCGACUAGCGAAGAUAACCGACACUGCCUUCUACAACCUAACUAGCCUAAUAGAACUAGAUAUAAGCUAUAACAAGCUCAGUGGGAUUGAAGCUGUGGCUCUAACACACAUUGCCGACUCCCUUCAAAGGCUCGUGAUCAGCGGCAAUAACUUUACGCUGGCUCUCUUGAAGAUUAUCCUGCAAACGCUUUACAGAGUGUGGCAUUUGGAAAUGGCGCACAUCAAGCUCAAAGCUCUUCCAGAACGUUUCAUUCCCGACAGGAUCAAGAAACUUAACGUAUCUUGGAAUGAAUUAUCUAGCAUAAGCGUUCAAGCGUUUCCCAGACAACUCAUCGAGUUGGAUAUUUCGAAUAACGAACUCAAGGGUCUGAACGAUAGUGUCAUUCAAAAAUUGGAAACUCUGAAGUUCGUGAAUCUAUCGGGAAAUCCUUGGACGUGCACGCUGUGUCACAUAACCCCCAUACUCCUCCAUGUAAAUAAAACGAACUUGUUUAAGCAAUCUGUAUGUGCCUCACCCACAAGCUCGAGCGGUAAAAAGCUCAGCGAACUCAGCGUGAAAGAAGUGAAAGCUUGCGGUGGAAGCUCAGACUCUGAUAAAAAAAUUCCUUCCGACAAACUGACGCUGCUCGUGGGGUUGUUGUGUAUCGUGGUUUUAGGUGUGCUUUCGGUGAUUUUCGUGGUGGUGUCGUGCGUAAAAAUGCACGCGGGCAAUGCGGAAAGGCGGCACAAAAGAGCGGUGGAGCGGGCAGAGAACAACUUGGAUAACGCCACAGCUAUUUUUAGCAAAGGCGAGCUCAGUUUCAAGUUUCCAUUGGAUCUCACCGAAAGGCGGAUGUCUGUGUCGACAAUUGACGAGAUUAAGAAGGAUCCGCAACAAGAAAUGUCGAAUGGAAGUGUCACGGGGAUUUGA